CAAAUUGUUCGGUAUUAUAUAGGAGGAGAUGGAGAUAGCAACCAUCGGAAUGUCUAGAGGAAGCAACAGUUGUGACAAUAAAAAAACCAAAGGUCAUCCAAAAGGUCGCUGGAAAGCUUUCGAAGACGACAAGCUCAAGCAACUUGUGAAACAAUAUGGUCCCCAGAACUGGAACAUCAUUGGUCAACAUUUAUCUGGAAGAACAGGGAAAAGCUGUAGACAGAGAUGGUGCAAUCAACUUGCUCCAUACCUCAACAAUGGACCUUUCACUAAGGAGGAAGAAGAGAUGCUUUUAGAAGCUCAUCGGAUCUAUGGCAAUCGUUGGUCAGUCAUAGCGAAGCUGUUACCCGGGAGGACUGAUAACGCUAUCAAGAACCAUUACCAUGUCAUCAUGACUAGACGCAGACGUAGAGGCUUCUCUUCAACGCCCACUUCUCCGUUCAACCAAAUUUGGAGCCCUAUCUUUACUCUUCCAAGCCUAAGUGCUUACUUAUACCCGUUUCAGAGGUAUCAGAUGGACAACAGUCGCAGUCCCUGGCCUUACACUUCUGCUUCAGCGCCUAGGAGUGAUCAGUUAGGAUCUUCAUGGAUCUCGAAUGCACAACAAGAAACUGAUGAUUUUGAGAGGAGAAAGUCGAACGAGAUGGUGGAUCAUCAGGCAGCUACACCAGAUCAUGAGAAGAACUCGUCAGGAGAAGAUGAAACAUCCAUGAUAGAUCAUGGUGAAAAGAGAGAUGUUCCUUUCUUUGAUUUUCUUAGUGUUGGAUUAGAUUCUUAGAUAUAAUAAUCACAACUCAAUGAUUGUAA